UUCAGUCUCUCCUCCUCACCCUCACUCAUUUCUUCGAACCUGUCACUCCUUCGGCUUAUGUUAUUCUUUGUUUCUUCUUUUCUCUCAUUCGUUUGUUCUUUCCUUCCUCUUCCUCUGAGCUUUUAUAGACUCCGAUGAGAGAGAUGGGAUGUGGAAAUUCCUCCCCUAACACCAACAACAACAGCAGCAGCAGCACUGCAGGUCCUGCUGAGUCUUCAUCAAAGGUUUCAGAAGAGUGUGUGCCAGAAGACGACAAAUGGCAGAACUAUGGAGGUGUGUAUGUGGGCUUUCCUGCAGACCUGAGCAACAUCCCUCAAGUACAGAUUGGAUCCCUCAGAGAGAGUGAGAGAGACUCAUCCCUCAGGAAGCCGCUGUGGGGGAACGGCCUCUAAUUUUUAAUGAAGAACCAGGUGCUACAGAAGAAUGAUAUGGCAGCAGGGAGUUUGUCGAGUGACGAGAAGAAGAAGAAGAAGAAAAAGAAGAAGAAGAAACCCUUCCGGCGCUCUUCAGGUCCUCACUUUUGUCAUCAGCAACCCAUUAAAUCUGAAAUGGGAAACAGCUGCACCCAGUGGAGCCAAUCUCCUCUCUCAGCGCUGCUUGUAUGGAAGCAGAUGUCAACCUAAAACAGGGCUGUUUACUAAGAUGAAGGCGUUUUGAUCCCUGCGUGAAGAACCAGGAGGCUGCAGAUUUUUAAUUCGUCUCUAGACUUCAUCAGAGGACUCCACAGGGUGCAUUUCACUUGGCCUUAUUGGCUGCAUGUUGUGUAACUGCUUAAGGAAGUGUCAGCAGCAGGUGAAUCUAUAUCAGCUUAUUAACACAAAAAAUGGCAGAGACGCUGUGCUUGCUUGUCGAGGGUGAGAAAUGCUAAUUUAAGGUUUGAAUAUCAAGCAGGAGUACAUAUAAAACAUAUAAAAAGGAGGCAUCUGGUGAUAUUGAGUCAAAAAAUCCCAUAAAAAGACCAAAAACCAACAAUGAAUUGGCCAUGUAUUGUUUGUCUAUCCAAAACUAUUAAAAACACAUCAAUGGCUGGGUGCACUGGGUGACAUAUUCUUUCAUGACCAUGAACACACAUUAUUUUGACUCAAUCCCACAACACCGUCCUGCUGUCCCAAAUACCUUUAAGAAUGAAAGUAUAUAUUUAUGAGUUGUUUUUAAAGAUUUGUAUCUUUAGCAGGAACCAGUGGUCUUGGUGCCUAGUUAAGGAAGUAAUUUCAUUGUUUGUUGUGAUCUUUUAACAGGAUUUGUUGACAAUAAUAAAUCUUAUAAACGCUCUUAAA